AUGGUGGCUCUUCCUUCAAUCAUUACUGGAAUAACCUAUGAAACUUUUCUUUCACCCAUAAAAGCAAGAGUGGUUCUGUCCUGCUGGCACAUGCUGCAUUCCACCAACGUUAAUACCAAGGAUCACGAUGUGCCAAGAAAAUUCAACACUUCCAUAUAUGUU